CCAGGCAGUGUCAUGAUCGGAAGGCUUUCGUCGCCCGCGCGCGCCGCGGCGCUCGCCGCCCUGCUGGCCCUCGCUGGCCUGCCGCUCGCCGCGCCCAACCUCACCAACGUCCGCGACUGCGGUUCCACAAGUAAAGUCAUAGAUGCAACAGUUGCCGACUGCGAGGAAGCUCCUUGUCGGGUCGAACGAGGAAGCAAUGUCACUGUCAACAUUAUCUUCCAAGCAAGCAACCUCACGGAGUCGCUGCGGCCCGAGGUGGUGGGCGUGGUGAGCGGCUUCGAGCUGCCCAUCGCGGAGCUGGACCACGAGGACGGCUGCGACCGCCUGCUGAAGGGCGCCUGCCCGCUCGACGACGGCGACGAGGCCGAGUACACGGCCUCCUUCCUUCUGGAUCCGCUCUUCCCCAAGAUCAAAGGAGAAGUUCGCUGGCAUCUGUUUGACGAGUUCAAUGCUACUGUGGUGUGCAUAAGUAUCGACGCCGAAGCAGUCUGAAGCUGUUCAGCGGCCCUUAUGCUCCAGAUCGCAACAGUACUAGUCUCAAAUGAGAAAGAGAUUGUUCAUUGUACAUAGUAAUUUUAUUAAAAUUGUAUACCUUUUAGUUUAUUAUUGUUAAUAAA